CUGUAUGUAGCUCCCGGACAGCACGUCAUAAUAAAAUGAUGCUGCGCACGCUAGAGCAAGCAAAGCAAGGAACCGAGCCGCCAAUAAGUGCUUCUAUACGUAGAAAUUGGAUGGAGGCAUAUAUCUUUAGCCGGAUUGAAAUCCUCAUGGCGGUCAUAAGCAGGAUCGCGGUUGUUUCACCAUUGAUAGAUGCUCAUGCGUCAAGCACCAUUCACCAUAGAUCACCAUGGUGAUAUGAGGAUGUCAAUGUGCGGCCGUAUCUUGUCAGGCGCCGCUGCAAUUUCCCUAAGGAGGUGUAUCCUGUAAAGACCCGAGUCGUGUUUAACAGGGAAGUGUCUAUAUACCAAAAUGGUUUCGUCGCGUAGGAUGUCCACAGAUAAGCCAGGGCCGAGUUCAUGAAGAUUUCUUUUCGUCACUAGGCUGGCAAUGCAUCUACUCGUGAUCAGUCCUCGAACAUACAAAAGCACAAAAUUGAAAAGAGAAA